AUGGCGGCCGCCACCGGCAGUGCCAGCUCCUCGCUGUGCCUCGGCAGCGCCCAGCGGGAGGAACUGCCGGCGCUGCCGGCGCCUCUGAUUGGCUGUGUCUACCAAGGCGUGGGCGGGACUUCCUAUUCCGGACCCAGCCCAGGGCUUCCGCUCGGCUCUUCUCUGCUUGCUACUUGUGGGGGACUCGGUCCAGAGUCUCCCUCCCAGCGCUGUGUGGUCGCCAGCAGCCUGCCGGGGCCGGCGGUCGGCAGCUUUCUGUGCGCUGAGCUCUUGGUCGUCCUCCUGCUCUACGUCCCCUUUGUGGCGGCUGCAGGUGGGCCGGAGCCUAUUGGUGCCCCUGGUCAGUGUCCUUCUCUCUCCAUCAUGUCUGCAACUCUGGGCUGGGCAAAGGCAGAGUUUGCAGAUCUGCCUCUUGGGACAGCCCAGCAGGCCACAGCAGUGACCUCUUCCCCCACCAGUAGGGCCUCCCAGAAGGACCCAGACAAGAGUUGGGAGGAGAAGAAGCACCUAGAGAACAAGUUGGAGCAGCCAAAGUGGAGCCCCAAGGAAGAAGAGGAGGAGGUCAAAGAUGAGAUGGAGGAUGAUGAUGCUGAGGAGAAUGAUGACUAUGACGAUGAUGAAUAUAAAGAGGAGGAUAACAAUGAGGAUGAAGGUGACCAAGAUGAGGAGAAGGAAUGUAUGGAGGAGGAUGAAGCCAGAGCAGGCCCAUCUGGUCCACCCAAACGGCUAAAUCAGUGCCCUGAGUGUGGGCAGAGCUUCCCAGCUGGCUCAGAGCCAGUGAAGCACCACUGCCCCCAGCCUGGCCCCCGGCCCUUCGUCUGUGGUGACUGUGGCAAGAGGUUCAGGUGGAGCUCUCACCUCAUCCGGCACUGCCUCAUCCACACUGGAGAGAAACCUUUCACCUGCAGUGAUUGUGGCCAAAGCUUUGCCCACAGUUACACCCUUACCCAGCACCGCCGCACCCACACCGGUGAGAGGCCAUACAGCUGUGCUGACUGCGGCAAGAGAUUCACUGACAAGUCUACCCUCACCAAGCACCACAGUGUGCACAGAACUGAGAAGUCGUUCAUCUGCAGGGACUGUGGCAAGAGCUUCAAAACCAGCUCCACCCUCACCAUCCACCGCCGUAUCCACACCGGAGAGAAGCUGUUCCCCUGUGCUGAGUGCGGCAAGAGCUUCACCACGAGCACUUUAUUCAUCCAGCACCAACACAUCCAUAGUGGUGACAAUCCGUACAUCUGUGCCCACUGUGGCAAGAGCUUCACCUACAGCUGCAACCUCACUAAUCACCGUCGUGUGCACACUGGCGAGAAGCCUUUCACCUGUGCUGACUGCGGCAAGAGCUUCACCACAAGAUCUGACCUCACCAAGCACUGUCGUGUGCACACCGGUGAGAAGCCUUUCACCUGUGCUCACUGCAGCAAGAGCUUCACCACAAGAUCCAACCUCACCCAGCACUGUCGUGUGCACACCGGUGAGAAGCCUUUUACCUGUGCUCACUGUGGCAAGAGCUUCACCUACAGCUGCAACCUCACUAACCACCGUCGUGUGCACACUGGUGAGAGGCCUUUCAACUGUGCUCACUGCGGCAAGAGCUUCACCACAAGAUCCACCCUCACCAAUCACUAUCGUGUGCACACUGGUGAGAAGCCUUUCACCUGUGCUGUCUGUGGCAAGAGCUUCACCCAGAGAUCCUUCCUCACCCAGCACCACUGCUCCCACACUGGCCCCCGGCCCUUCAUCUGUGAUGACUGUGGCAAGAGGUUCAGGUGGAGCUCUGACCUCAUGCGGCACAGCUUCACCCACACCAGUGAGAAAUCCUUUACCUGCAAGGACUGCGGCAAGAGCUUCAAACGCAGCUAUAGCCUCACCAUCCACCGUCGCAUCCACACCGGAGAGAAGCUGUUCCCCUGUGCUGAGUGUGGCAAGAGCUUCACCACGAGCACUUCGUUCAUCCGGCACCAACUCAUCCACAGCGGUGACAAACCCUACAGCUGUGCCCACUGCGGCCAGAGCUUCACAUUCAGCUCCACCCUCACCAAGCAUCGUCGUGUGCACACUGGUGAGAAGCCUUUCACCUGUGCUGACUGCGGCAAGAGCUUCACUUGUAGCUCUCUCCUCACCCAGCACCGUCAUGUGCACACCCGUCAGAAGCCGUUCACCUGUGCUGACUGUGGCAAGAGCUUCAAACAGAGCUCCUAUUUCACCAUCCACUGCCGCAUCCACACUGGAGAGAAACUCUUCCCCUGUGCUGAGUGCGGCAAGAACUUCACCAAGAGCACCAGACUCAUCCAGCACCAACUCGUCCACAGCGGUGAAAAACCCUACAGCUGUGCCCACUGCGGCAAGAGCUUCAGCAGCAGCUCCACCCUCACAAAGCACCGUCGUGUGCACACUGGUGAGAAGCCUUUCACCUGUGCUGACUGCGGCAAGACCUUCAGCUGCAUCUCCUAUCUCACCGAGCACCGUCGUGUGCACACUGGUGAGAAGCCUUUCACCUGUGCUGACUGCGGCAAGAGCUUCAGCUGCAGCUCCAAUCUCACCAAACAUCGCCGCAGCCACACCAGUGAGCAGCCCACAUGCUCUGAGUGUGGGCAGAGCUUCCCAGCUGUCUCAGACUUAAUGAAGCAUCAUUACCCCCACCCUGGCCCUCGGCUCUUCAUCUGUGGUGACUGUGGCAAGAGGUUCAGGUGGAGGUCUAAGCUCAUGCGGCACUGCCUCACCCACACGAGUGAGAAAUCCUUCACCUGCAAGGACUGUGGCAGAGUUUCAAACACAGAUAGCCUCACCAUCCACCGUCGCAUCCACACCGGAGAGAAGCUGUUCCCCUGUGCUGAGUGCGGCAAGAGUUUCACCACGAGCAGUUCAUUCAUCCGGCACCAACUCAUCCACGGUGACAAACCCUACAGCUGUGCCCACUGCAGCAAGAGCUCACCUGUAGCUUCUGUCACCAAACAUCGUCAUGUGCACACCACUGAGAAGCCUUUCACCUGUGCUGACUGUGGCAAGAGAUUCAAAUACAGCUGCACCCUCACCACCAACCGCCGCAUCCACACUGGAGAGAAGCUGUUCCCCUGUGCUGAGUGUGGCAAGAGCUUCACCACAAGCACUUUAUUCAUCCGGCACCAACUCAUCCACAGCGGUGACAAACCCUACAGCUGUGCUGAGUGCGGCAAGAGCUUCACACAGAGCUCAACCCUAACCCAGCACCAUCGUGUGCACACUGGAGAGAAAGCCGUUCACUGUGCUGACUGUGGAAAGAGCUUCACCAGCAGCUCCUAUCUCACCCAGCACCGUCGUGUGCACACUGGUGAGAAGCCAUUCACAUGUGCUGACUGUGGUAAGUGCUUCGCAAAGAGCUCCAAGCUCACCCAGCACCGUCGUUGGUGCAUAACUGGGGAGAAGCCUUUCACUUGUGCUGACUGUGGCAAGAGCUUCACCCGCAGCUCCUAUCUCAACAAGCACAAAAACCUCCACACAGUGCAGCAUUGGAAGUGCCCUGAGUGUGGGCAGAGCUUCUCAGCUGUCUCAGAGUUGAUGAAGCAUCACUGCCCCCACCCUGGCACCCGGCUCUUCAUCUGUGGUGACUGUGGCAAGAGGUUCAGGUGGAGGUCUGAGCUCAUGCGGCAUUGCCUCACGCACAGCAGUGAGAGAUCCUUCACCUGCAGGGACUGCGGUAAGACCUUCAAAACCAUCUCCACCCUCACCAUCCACCGCCGCAUCCACACUGGGGAGAAUCUGUUCCCCUGUGCUGAGUGCGGCAAGAGCUUCACCAGGAGCAAUUUAUUCAUCCAGCACCAACUCAUCCACAGCGGUGACAAACCCUACAGCUGUGCCCUCUGUGGCAAGAGCUUCACACGGAGGUCUUACCUCAACCAGCACUGUCGUGUGCACACUGGUGAGAAGCCUUUCAGCUGUGCUGACUGCGGCAAGACCUUCAAAACCAGCUCAUACCUCACUGUCCACCGCCGCAUCCACACUGGAGAGAAGCUGUUCCCCUGUGCUGAAUGCGGCAAGAGCUUCACCACGAGCACUUUAUUCAUCCAGCACCAACUCAUCCACAGUGGUGACAAACCCUACAGCUGUGCCCUCUGUGGCAAGAGCUUCAGCAGCAGCUCGACCCUCACCAAGCACCGUCAUGUGCACACUGGUGAGAAGCCUUUCACCUGUGCUGACUGCGGCAAGACCUUCAAAACCAGCUCAUACCUCACCAUCCACCGCCGCAUCCACACUGGAGAGAAGCUGUUCCCCUGUGCUGAGUGCGGCAAGAGCUUCACCACGAGCACUUUAUUCAUCCGGCACCAACUCAUCCACAGCGGUGACAAUCCGUACAGCUGUGCCCUCUGUGGCAAGAGCUUCACCAGCAGCUCCAAUCUCACCAAGCACCAUCGUGUGCACACUGGUGAGAAGCCUUUCAGUUGUGCAGACUGUGGCAAGAGCUUCACACAGAGCUCCAAUCUCACCCAGCACCAUCGUGUGCACACUGGUGAGAAGCCUUUCACCUGCCCUGACUGCAACAAGAGCUUCAGCAGCAGCUCUACCCUCACCAUCCACCGCCGCAUCCACACCGGAGAGAAGCUGUUCCCCUGUGCUGAGUGCGGCAAGAGCUUCACCACGAGCACUUCAUUCAUCCAGCACCAACUCAUCCACAGCGGUGAGAAACCCUACAGCUGUGCUCACUGCGGCAAGAGCUUCGCACAGAGCUCCUCCCUCGCCCAUCACCGUCGUGUGCACAGUAGUGAGAAGCCUUUCAUCUGUGCUGACUGUGGCAAGAGCUUCAAACACAGCUCAACCCUCACCAUCCACCGCCGCAUCCACACCGGAGAGAAUCUGUUCCUCUGUGCUGAGUGCGGCAAGAGCUUCACCACGAGCACUUCAUUCAUCCGGCACCAACUCAUCCACAGCGGUGACAAACCCUACAGCUGUGCCCACUGCGGCAAGAGCUUCACACAGAGCUCCUCCCUCGCCCAUCACUGUCGUGUGCACGAUAGUGAGAAGCCUUUCAUCUGUGCUGACUGUGGCAAGAGCUUCAAACACAGCUCAACCCUCACCAUCCACCGCCGCAUCCACACCGGAGAGAAUCUGUUCCUCUGUGCUGAGUGCGGCAAGAGCUUCACCAAGAGCGCUUCAUUCAUCCGGCACCAACUCAUCCACAGCGGUGACAAACCCUACAGCUGUGCCCACUGCGGCAAGAGCUUCGCACAGAGGUCUGACCUUGCCCAUCACCAUCGUGUGCACAUUGGUGAGAAGCCUUUCACCUGUGCUGACUGCGGCAAGAGUUUCACCUUCAGCCUGGGCCUCACCAAGCACUGCCGUGUGCACACUGGUGAGAAGCCUUUCACCUGUGCUGAGUGCGGCAAGAGCUUCACCUUCAGCCUGGGCCUCACCCGGCACCGUCGUGUGCACACUGGUGAGAAGCCUUUCACCUGUGCUGACUGCGGCAAGACCUUCAUCUUCAGCCCGGACCUCACCCGGCACCGCCGUGUGCACACUGGUGAGAAGCCUUUCACUUGUAAUGCCUGUGGGAAGAGCUUCACACAGAGCUCCAACCUGGACAAGCACCGUCGUGUGCACACUCGUGAGAAGCCUUUAAUCUGUGCUGACUGUGGCAAGAGCUUCAAAUACAGCUCUACCCUCACCAUCCACCGCCGCAUCCACACCGGAGAGAAGCUCUUCCCCUGUGCUGAGUGUGGCAAGACCUUCACCACGAGUACUGGACUCAUCCAGCACCAACUAAUCCACAGUGGUGACAAACCGUACAGCUGUGCUCACUGCAGCAAGAGCUUCAGCAGCAUCUCCGCCCUCUCCAAGCACCGUCAUGUGCACACUGGUGAGAAGCUUUUCACCUGCCCUGACUGUAACAAGAGCUACAACAGCAGCCACAAUCUCACCAGGCAUCGCCGCAGCCACACCAGUAAGCAGCCCACAGUGCCAGAGAGGCACAAAUAG